GAUCCGACAGAGGAACACUGGGGAGAUCUCUCUCAGGGCUCCCUGAGGAGGCAUGGCCUGCUGACCUGGGGCUGAGGCAGCACUGGGAGGCAGGUGGGGCUGCUGCUGAGGGGGCAUCCCUGGCUUCUGAGGUCAGAAUGGAUCAAAUUAAGCAGCGUGCAAAGAAGCUGGUGGAAACAGCUUGUACCUCCUGUACAAAUGGAACAAAUGCAACAAAUGCAACAAAUGCAACACCGACCAGCAACAACACAGAGCCAAAUGGUACCACCAAACCUACAGCAGCAACCACACCACCGCCCGGCCACACCUCGACUCACGUAACCUCCAACAACCACAGUACUGUAACCACAAGAGCACCUCCCGCCUCCAACACAUCAGCUGUCUCCUCGCACUCCACAGCUAACAUCACUUCAUCACAGCAGUCCACAAUGUCCUCUGGAGCAACUCAAAGCUCUGGAGCCACAUCACCACUUGGGAGUGGGACUAACACUCACACAACUUCAGCUACAACGUUAAAAGGAGGGUCUGCCUCUUUGUUCGGGUCCUGCAGUCAACUACUGGUGCCUGUGAUCUCGGUUCUGAUCUACGGUGCAUAGGGUUGAGAGUGUAAAACCAAAAAAAGAUUCACCAGAUUCACCUUUUCUCGUUAGAUUUUUGACAGAGCUUCUUAUUUAAUGGCUCUUACUGUGACUGUCACGCAUCUGUCAUAUUAAUGCUAUGAAGUGCUUUGUUUGCUCUGAGCUUUUUUCGAUUUUUGACCAAGAGUCUUCCACACAAUCUCAAUAAAUUAUGUAUAAUCCCAUG